AAGAAGUUUGCCAGCAUGCCCGCCUGGAAGCGAGGGAUCAUCCAGCGGAGGAAGGCCAAGCAGGACAGUUUAGGUGACAGGGAAAAGGAGAGAGACGUCUGUCUGCUGCAGGUGGAUGUCAGAUCUGCUUCUGAUGGCCUGAGUGACACGGACAGCUUUGUGACGGUCAAUUUGGAAAGCGAAUUGUCACUUAGUCCAGAUCCGGGGCUAUGGAUAGAUGGAGAGGUCAAACUAGCGAGUCAGGUGUCUGUAGAAACUAUAGUUCCAGUCCACGAAAACCCAUUUAUUCGCACGCAGAGUACAUGGAGGAAGGGCAGAGAUUCAGAAGCGGGGAACGAGACGGAAGUUAAGGAGAGGGAGAAAGACAAAUCGAGCCCCAAGAGUCAAGAUGGGGAGUCAAGAAGAGGAAGAGAAAUUGAGCUCAAAAUAGAGAGAUUCAGAGAUGUGAGUGAGGGAAGGGAAAAGGAGAUGAGCAGGGACAGGAGUCAAGGAAGAGAAAAAGAGAAUAACAACCAAUGGAAAGAGUCAGUUAAAGAUGCAGCCAGGGAGCGGGAAUUCUUCAUAGUAAGAAAAGACGAGGAGGAAAAAGAAACGGAUCCGCCAUCUAGUUCGUUUUCUCCCCUCGUCCCUUGUCUUCGGACCAUCCGAGCCGACAACAUCAUCAUCAUUGAGCAGGAUAGGAGAGGCAGCGAUGAGAGAAAGGCUAGAUGGAGGGAGGCAGAGGGGGAGAGGCCUGAGGAGGACCAGCAGCUGAAGAGAGGGAUGAAGAUGGACCUGAGGGAGAUCCUUGCAGGAGGAGGGAGCUUCACCGAGAUCCGAGCCUCUGAAGUUCUGAUCAUACAGCCCUCGGCAAGCCCUGAAGCGUGGAGUCCAGAAGUAGUCAGGGGAAGGAAAGGUUUGGGUAGAGAGGAUGGAGAGAUAAAGUGCAGCAUGGAUGUAAGGAAGGAGAGUUUGGGCAGGGAGCUCAGAACAGACAAGUCCUGGCUGAGAGAAAAAGAGAAAGAGAGACCAUGGGGCCAGGCGACGGUUAUUAAAGACGACAGGAAGGACAGCUUGGAUGAUAACGUGUUUGUUGAAAAGGGAGGGAGGGUCAGCCAGCUGCUGAGUAAAUUCGGACAGCACCCCAAGCCUCCAUCUCGAUCCAAAAGCUCUGAUAAUUUCCUCCGGCCUGGGAGGAGAAAACUCUCAGGAGAUGAAGAUGAUCAACAAUCUGAGGCAGACGGGAGGAAUAUGGCAGUGAAACGCUCAUUUAGCUUCUCUGAUCGGGUCCUCUGUGCUAAGGAGAAUGGUUUAGAUGAUGAUGGUUAUUAUGCGAGGAAAACCCGUGAGAGUAUACAUUCAGACAAGAGCGCAGCGCCGUGGGUCGACAACGCAGGCUUAGGGAAGGAGAUCACGAAGAUCAAACUGGGGUGCGCACGGCUUGUAGAUAAAGACCGGUUUGGAAUGCAAAAAGAUGGACAUUUAAAAAAUGAGGAUGAAAAAGGGGGGAAGAAAAGAAAUGAAGCCGAAAUGUGUGCCUCCCUCCAACACAGGAGCGAAGUUAAGAAAGUGGAGCCUGUUGAUACGAGGGCUUUGGAAAGGGCAAGCGAUGCAGAUGGAGAGGAGGGGUUCACAGUGACAUCGGUCAAAAACACUGAAGGAAUCUCGUUUGCUAGAAGAGUUGCGAUCAGGCAGGAUGGGAGAGCAAGAGCCGAAAGGGAGGUGAAGCGCCAAACUGGUGAGAAAAGUCUAGAAAAGGAGAUGAGUGUAGAAAAACAACCAGAGGCGGGAGUACAGGUUGAGGAGCAAGUUUGUGAUAAAAAGGUGUCGGAUUGUCGGAUGGAAGAGGGAUUCCAAAGCACAAUCCCACCUGAAACUUUGCUGAAGAGUCACGCCGCAUCAGCUUUCACAGAGUGCUCCAGUCUGCUCUGUGCUGUCACCGAUAGGACUAGAGACCUCCACAGAGGGCCAGAGUGGAGUGGUUUAGGGCCACAAGGACCGUACAUCGCACACUCUGUUUUGUCCCAACACACAGAGGAGCUUAUAAGUAAAAUAGAAAAAAUAGGAGACACAACUAUUUAUACCAACGAGAAAGGAGAACGGACUCACAAGGCUGCAUAUGAAAUGAUCAAAGGAUCGGAUCAGGAGAUUGGAUCAAUUACACUCCUUAAUGAUGGAACCCCCAGAUCUCCAAAAAGGAUUGCACCCACAGGGAUCCCUCCAGUUCCCCUGGAGAUUCAAAUCCCCAGAAGUGUGUUUUACGUUGCAGAAGAAAUGGUAGAGAGAAAAAAGUCUGUGGGUCAAAGCGGCGAGGGGAAAGACUGGGAAGGGGGUCAAGGAGUUGAGAGGAGGGAUAGCUGGAGAAUCGGAAAACCUCUGAGCCGCAUCGAGUCCCUGCGAGAGAAAAUAAGGCAAAGAGAGCUGGAGAAGCUGAGACAAAGAGAGGCACAAGGUGGCGGCGGGAGUGAAGGUGUAGAGUUAAACGACACUCGGGCACCCGGGGACUGGCGUGACGAGAGGGGAACUGAAAUAGAGAAAGAAUGGGAAGCUGCAGCUCAGAUGCGAAAGCUGGUCGAAGCCGAGAGGGGACAGGAAGACGCAGCAGCGCAGACAUCCGCGACUGCGUUUGACGUCACACAGGAAGUCGGUGUGUUGAAAACCUGCCUCCAACUUCCUGUUUCUGUCCCACUCUCGCAAGCCAUCAGAGUCGAAGAAGUGGCAAGCGGGUACGCCACUGCUGCCUCCGAAGUUAUCUGUGACAGCUUCCAGAUAUCUGAGGAUGAGAACGACCCUGUGAAACAUGUGGAGGAAGAGCUGAAGCGCCACAGGAGCCAACACCUGAACAGAGAAGCCGAAAGAGAGGAGGAGGAGGAGGAGGAGGAGGAAAAGGAGCUCUCCGAGGAGGAGGAAGGGGAAUACACAUCGCCUCUCGACCCUGUGCAAUCUUUCUCUCCUUUAACGCCUCAUCACAACUCCCUCGUAGCCAUGAGCCGGAUCUACAAAUUGGAGACAGUUGGCUCAAGGUCGGGCUUGUGCCUGAGGGAGAGGACCGGAGACGUCCCAUCAGUUCACCUGGUUAAAGUGAAGCCCCUCAUGUCCAACGCACAGCAGGGGGACAGCAAAACAUUCUCUGGUGAGGAGAUUUGCGGGGUUCAGACAAUACAACGACAGAUAGAGCAGUUUCAGCUGAAAGAGCAAGAAACGCUGAAGUCAUGUGCGUCACCAAACACCCUUCUGAAGGACAGGGUGACAAAGGGGCAUCAAAGCCCCAGAGCAGUGUUAAAGCACCAGAUAAAGGACGAUGAAAAGACCCCGGAGAACGAUGAAGAAACGUCAAAAUCGAAUCCCAAUGUGUCUCCUCGGCGUGUCCGUUCUCCAACAUCUCAGCUAAAACAAACUAACCAAACUACCACAGUCGCCCCCUCACUUCCCAGGAGCCAAUCCCCGGACAACACUCUGAAACUGUCGGAUUACGCCCCGACCCCGGCCUCCUCCCCGUGCUCCCCAUCUCCUUCCCAGUCUCCGAGUGUCUCUCCAUCUCCAACCCCUUCGCCCACGCUCUUCUCUGUCAGGAGUGCCUCUGGAGGCCAAGUGAAGAUAGGUUCCACCAUCACAAUUGCCCCAAAAAAGCCUGCUGGCAGAGGAGUGACGGGACCCUCAACGGGGUCCACAGCAGUAGGGUCGAAACCUUUAAAGAGCUCAUCGCAGCAGGCCCAGGUGACCUCCGCUGCGGCCGAGCCAGUGAAGAAGAAGUACCCCACAGUGGAGGAGAUUGAGGUGAUUGGUGGAUAUCAGAAUCUAGACAAGUCCUGUCUGGUCAAGAACAGAGAGACCCCCAAAAGGGCAAAGGUGUGUUUCGAUGAGGACCAGCUGGAACAGGUGUGCGAGUACCCAUCAGAGACCUCCAUGCUGACAUGUACCCCCUUCCCUCACGACCUGUGGAGGAUGGAGAGGCUGCUGGGGGAGGAGGUGCAGGAGGAGGCUGAAGUGGAGGGAGGAGCAAUUGUCUCCAAAUGCCCAAGGAACGUGGGGAUUGUAACGGGAGGGGGCCUCAGAGUGGGUCAGUGCCACCCCCUUCUCAGGAAACACAACGUGUAAUGAGGGAGAUUAUGGGUGCAGAAUGUUUUUUGCCAUUCGUGUUUACGGUGUGGAGCUUUCCUGAAAUAGUAUGUUGUCAUUAUUGUACUGGAUAACUUUCCUACUGUCAGCAAAUCCCAAGAAGAUACAAAAAUCAACAAUGACUUAUUAUUAUUUCUUGUGAAGCCGAAUUCUGAUUUAGCUUAUUUCUCUGCACCUUUAUUGACACAUAAAUGAGCCCCAGUGUUGUUCUGGGUGACAUGUUCUUUUAUUAUUAAAAGGAACAAGGGCAUUGUAGUUUUAUUUUGAGCCAAUCCCACAUGUCAUAAAUACUAAAUGUCACUUGGAAUGUUUGUACCUUGGAUGCUAUCAAAACAAUAAGUUCACAGUUUAUUCAAUAGAGGUGUUUAUACCAUUGACUCUUGUCUCAAAGAUGCCUGCAGACUAAUCCUCUUUUAUAGAUUUAGUUGAUGGUUCAACACAACUACGAAAGCUUCCUCCAUUUUAAACUCUGAGCCGCUCAUAAAAGCCAGUCUGACGUCACUAUUGAGAGAGCUUGGUGUGUUGUCUCUUAAUGGGAAAAAUCUAGAUCUACGCCAGCCAGUUUUGGCAAACUUAGCAUUGGGAAGACAUACAUUUUAUAAAUCCCUGUGUUGGUUUUAAACGCAGCAAUGGUAAAUGUAUGUUUGAAAAAAACAAGUAUGUUUUCAUAGCGCGAAUGGAAUAGUUUGGUUCAAUUUAUGGUCCUCAAGAAGCCAUAAAUGUCAGUGUUGGUGAAUGGGAAAAAGUCAGCUCCAAAUAUCAAGUGGAAUAUAAAUCCUUGAGUCCCAUUACUUACCUUCCAUCUCCGUCUCUCUGUCUUCCAGAUGAGUCUUGCCCUCGGUAGAAGCCAGUCACCUCCGCCAAAAUUGCCCAUUUGACGAGAUCACCAACACUUUGUUGACCAAUAUCACAUGCUGAUUUUUACUCUGUUUUGUUUAAUCUGAAUUGUUGAAGUGAGUGUUUGUAAUCCUUGUGGCGUUUUGUUUUUAUCUAGUAUCAGAUUGAAUGAGUGUUGUGGAAGAAAUGAACAUGACAGUUUGAUUUCAUGCAGUUGAACAUAAUUGUGAUUACUGGGGAAAAUAUUUCACUUGUUUAUAUUUUCAGGGCAAUUGUGAAUGUAUAAGUAUGGUACGUAUAAUAAAAGACCCUCAGGUGUGCUCUGUCGGCAACUAAAGGAUCACUUGUCUAUGCAAUAUAAAGAUAAGAUUUUAUUUUUUAGUUAAUAUAGUUGAUAGUUUAUUUUAUGUUCUAUAUUGAAAUCUGCCUCAGCACAGAAGAGGGAUGUUUAUAUCAUCUGGUUUCAUGUGCCUGCUGGAUUUGCCCAUACAGAUGAUAUGAAGAUCAGUUUAUAGAGAUAUUUUGAUAUUUUUUUCUUGUCUGAAGCCUUUUUGGUAAAACCUCUUCUCAGUGGGUGUUGGCCAUUGCAGGAACAGGGGUGGUGCAAUGUGUGCAGGACAACGUUUAGAGGUCUGUGUCUUGUGUGGGGUUUACAUGAGCAUUACUGUUCGCAAUGACAACUCGUAACAGUUCAGUUAAUGUGUAGGAAUAUAAAUAAAGGCAUUAUUUUGUUAUUUCUUUUGUCAGGUGGAAGUGGAGAGAGCUAUGUGAGUGAAAGUCCCCGAGAGGAAGUUGUCUUGAGUUAAAAACAUCAGCAGUUAACAGAUUAACUUCAUCAUAUAACAGCUGCUAUCUGACUUUUGGCUGAACUACGUUUAUGAUGCAAUAUAUACUCAGUGUUCCUUGUUUGUUAAUUAAUAUUUUAAUUGGUGAAAAAAGAGGAAAAUGAUGUGCUAAUUAUUUUUUUUUCUAUGUUGGUUAAAGAAGCUGGCUUCAAGAGAAUAAAUAUAAUACACUGACAA